GUAAUCGACUUGGUCCCAACGCAUGGACACCAGACAAUCGACUGCCCUCAGCUGGGACUCCAUACACUAUCAUAGACGUUACACAUUUCCCCAUCGCUCAUCAGGUAAACAAAGAAUCAACACAGCGGGCGAUACCAGUGUCGCAUUCAUCCAGACUCAUUCAUCGCCGCAUCACAUGACCCUGACAGCCAUCGCACAAGGCACCGAGAUGAAAGUGAAAGCUUCUUCUAAGAAUAACACGUACUGAUAGCUUUUGCAAUCAUCCGCUUGCCGGCGUGGCGGCAGUUGUCGGUGUCGAAAUCGUAAACCAGGCCGCCCACUUUUUUCAGGUCUCCCACUGUGACGCCUCUUAUGGCCUGAUGCUUCUGAGGGGAAAAAUUCCAUCGCUCCUGAGCCAGCCCCACCUUACUCGUGACGAUUGUGUCGCCUUUCAUAUAGCCGUAGCCUUUCCCCUUGUGAAUGAGCCAUCCCUCGUUGCCGUAGCGUAUCUUGAUGCCCCUGUCGACGAGCGUGACGAUAACACCGUAAUGCUCACACGACUCACCAGACGCGCAGGGAUUGCACGGUGGGUCUGCAGGUCGGCUGACGAGCUGAAUGGUCUCAAUCUCGCUUUCUUCAAGAACCAUGACCUCAAGAUGGCUCAGCUCAUAGGGAGGCCGUCGACGAAUGGGAAAGGACUGAAGCAGCCGACGCCAUGGCUCCCCACAUACGGAGACGGGCCCAUGCUGCUGUGCCAGUGGGGCGUUUGCCUUGAAUCGUUUCCUGACCAAGAACAAGCGCCGCAAAUAUGCUGCACUCUUUGUUGAUAUUCUCGGCACACCUGCAUGGCUGAGGUAGAGAAGCAGCAGCUGCUGCAGAUGCUGCUGCCUGAGCGACAGGUGCUUCUCGGCUCUGAAAGGUGCAGAGAGAUAAUGAUGCAGAUGCACAAAGAGGGAGCGACACUCUGACUGCUCUUCACCUCUUCUUCAGCCUUUCGACAGGGGUGCCUUUUUCUGUCGUCGCUCCAGUAGUAAGUAUCGCAAUGCAGGCACAUUUCCAGCCUCAUGAGGCUCCCGCUGCCAGGCGUGUAUUCGUAAGGCAGCGGCAACCGUACCCCUCCCCGUCGCACGACAUGUGCUGCGCAGCUCAGAUCGUUUAGUGCUCUCCCCGUUUUCUUCGCUGCGGUUGCCGGUGGCUGCUCAUGCUGUGUGGUCGCGGGCUGGGACGCGUCAGCGGGCGGCGCGGCGUGAUAAAUGACAUAGCCUUCUCUGCCUGCACGCAUAUCAAGGAGAUGCAGUCGGGGAGUCAAGGUUGCGUGCUUGCGUGCGUGUGUGUGUGUGUCUUUGCUGUGUGUGCGUGUGUGCACGUGCUGACCGAUUUCCAUUUGUGCUGCUCUUCCUCUCCCGCCGUCUUCUUUCUGCAGUUUACUGAAUCCGGCAUACUCGAAUAUCGCCGCGCACUCGAGGCCGAACAACUCGGCGAGGGGGUUGAGCGGCACAUCCAGCGCAGCUGGCACCGGUUUAGGCGCUCGAACUGAGCCUCGAGGCCUUGCGGCAAGCAGGGGAGCAUCAGGGUCAGCUCUGAUGGCCUUUUUAUCGAUGUUGAAGAGGCUCCGGCUGUUCCAAUGCUGCCUCGUGUGAUUCACCAGCGCACUCGCGACGGCUUGGACCUCAUCCUCGCUUGGAACCCACAU